AUGCAGCUCCUGGUGAGGGUGCCGUCCCUUCCGGAGCGGGACGAGCUCGACUGCGGCAUCUGCUACCGGCCCUUCAACCUCGCGGGCCGCGCGCCCCGCCGCCUGCCCGGCACGGCGCGCGCCCGCUGCGGCCACACGCUCUGCACCGCGUGCCUGCGCGAGCUGGCGGCGCGCGGCGACGGCGGCGUGGUGCGCCUGCGCCGCGUCGUCACGUGCCCCUUCUGCCGCGCGCCCACGCCGCUGCCGCGCGGCGGGGUCGCGGAGGUCGCGGUGGACCCGGACUUGUGGUCGCGGCUGGAGGAAAGGGCGCGGGCCGAGCGCAAGCCGGACGAGGCGGGCGGCCCGGUGCGGGGAGGCGGCGACGCCGACGACGGCGAGGAGAGCGAGGAGGGGGCGGGACCCAGGGGCGCGGGCUGGCGCGCGCUCCGGCGGCUGUGGCACCGGGUGCUGGCGCCCGCGCGCCGCUGGCGGCGUCCGCUGCCUAGCAACGUGCUGUACUGCCCGGAGAUUAAGGACCUGGCCCGCAUGACUCGCUGCACGCUGUGACGGCGGAGCCCGGAAGCUGCCGCAGAAGGAAGACAGAGUGGAAGAUUGGAGGCCGGUUUUUGUGUGCUGUUAAUAAUCCCACUUCUCUGGCAUGUUAGAGAGGUGAGAAAAAUAAACGUGUUUGGUUUGUUUUUUUUCCCCCAACCCCCACUCCCAGUAGCGUGUUGCUAAGAUUAUUGACAUGCCUGUCUGCCUUGCUUCAUUUCACAAUCUGCCUUCAACCAGUUAGGGCAGGUAUCAGAAUGUCCAGAGGGUGUUUAUCUGAGACACCUAAUUAGGGCCUGUCGGGGUAGGAGGAGAGCCAUUUGGUGAAGGCAACACAUUUUAAUCUUCUGAUAUGAUCUAUCGUCCUCGCGGUCACACGGAAAACACGGUCACUACUGGGGGAAAAAAAAGAUGCUCAUCGUAGACUUGUAAACUAGCGCCCCGUAAUUGGACAGUUCCCAUCCUAUGCCAGGAUUCUAUUUUAAAAUCCUGUAAGUUAUCUUAGGAGAGUAUAAUUAUAGUCCAGAACAGUGGCAUCACAAAAUCUCAGGAUCCCUACUCCAGACUCUGUGGAGUUUUAACAAGAAUCCCAGGUGAUCUGUACGCACGCAAACAUUUAAGAACAUUGGUGCAUGUCGUAGACUUGCGAGAGUAUCACCAUCUGCGCUGGAGUAUCUAGAACAGUUGGUUUAAACGAUACGCGUUUUACCCGAGGUUGUAAAGGGACGUUCUCUGGCGGAAGACAUCUUGUGUAUUUAUGAUGUUGUACUUUUCUGAGCUAAAAAUGUGAAUUUACGAAGUAUUAAACCUCAGUUUUUAUACCCGUG